AGUUACAAGUUACUAACUUGCGGGAACGACUUAAUACAAAUGUUCUCCUAGGGGAUCUAGGGGGGCUCCGUACCAAACAACAAAGGCUGUCCUCAACUCUCUCUGAGGACUCUACAUGAGGAUUUAAUCGAGCCAAUGGAGAUCUACCAGUGACCUGUGGAGGGCAGCAGCACGCCUCUGCUGCGUCUAGUCUGCCGCUAAUUACAAAACAAGAAGAAGCCGGAAACGGAAGUGUAAUGUAAAACAUGGCGGCGACCUGUCGACAUGUUUAGGGCAAGUGUCGACUCCGGUCACAGAAACUCUCUUAAUGUGUCAGCGGACACGUUGGACACCCGGUAUCUAGAGCUGAAGCCACCGCUCUGUUAGUAUGUGGCGGACCGGGAGGACGCUCCUCCAGCUCCUCCAGCGCUGCGGGGACCUGCGGACCGGCUGGCUGCAGCGGCGGUGCUGGAGGAUGAUGUCAACUUCAGGACCCCCCUGGAGGCUCCUGUUCUUCGGCUCUGAUCAGUUUGCCGUAGAGUCUCUGAAGCUCCUCACAUCCAGCAGGAGCUCCAGUGAAGGGAUAGUGGAGUCCCUUGAAGUCGUCACUUUGUCUGGUGAUGUCCCGGUGAAGAGGUUCGCUCUACAGAACCACCUUCCAGUCCACAGCUGGCCUCCUGACAACGUGGACGGACGGUUUGAUGUCGGGGUGGUGGUGUCGUUUGGCUGUUUACUCCACGAGAGACUGAUCAACAAGUUUCCAUAUGGGAUUUUGAACGUUCACCCCAGCCUGCUGCCGAGGUGGCGAGGUCCGGCACCCAUCGUCCACACCAUCAUGCACGGUGACGCUGUGACAGGGGUCACCGUCAUCCAGAUCCGCCCUCACAGGUUUGAUGUGGGCCCCAUUCUCAACCAGGAGCUCCAUCAGGUCCCUGAGAACUGCACCGCCGAUGAGCUCGGAGCCGCCCUAGCCACUAAGGGAGCACAUCUGCUGAUUGAUACGAUCAAGACGCUGUCUGAGAGAAUGGCCCAUAAAAGGGAGCAAAGACAGACGGGAGCAACAUUUGCCCCAAAAAUCAGUACAUCCAUGAGCUGGGUGGUGUGGGAGGAACAGACCUGUGACCAAAUCGAUCGUCUGUAUCGAGCCGUCGGAUCGUGGAUACCUUUGAGGACCACAUGGAUGGGCAGGACGAUAAAACUUCUGGACUUUGUAGGAAAAUGUCACAUUUCAUUUUUAGAUCACAGGAGGACGCCUGUCCCUGGCUCAGUGAGCUAUCAGAAGGAGUCCAACACUCUGGCUGUCUGCUGUAAGGACGGCUGGGUGGGAUUCAAGGCAGUGCUCCUGAAGAAGAGGCUGACAGCUGCCGACUUCUACAACGGCUACCUGCAUCAGACGGUGCAGAAGAAGAGCCCUGCUGAGACGGACCGAGGACUGUUUGUCAGCAGAAAACGAGGAAGCAAAGCAUGUCAGAUUAGCGAGAACUCCACGUCGUGAUGCAACGGCGGUCGCUUUCUUCCUCGAUGUGAACACUGCAGACAUGACGUCACCUGAUGGAAUUUAACUGCAAUUAAUUUAUUACUCUUGUCUGUUUUAAGACAUCUGCAUGUACAGUACAUCACUGAAUGUGCUGUUGACUGACGGAUACCAGGAACAACCAUGAACUGUUUAGUUUCUAGACCAUGGUGAAUAUUAAACCUGCUAAACAGUCUGUUUUAACUGACUGCUGGAGCCUCAUACGAGGUUAAACCAAGCGAGAAAUGAGAAGACGAAGCUGACGCCGAAGUGCCAAUAGACCUCCAUGUUAAAAUGCUCGACACUAACAGCAGAAAUAAACAUCUUUACAGCCUGGUUCAAAAAACA